AUGUCAACCAUCAAACUACUGUAGAGAAUACACAGUUAGAAACCCUCUGUUGACUUUCAAAAGCUUGAGAAGUAAAGAAAGGAGCAAGAAAAAAUUAUAGCAUGUAUUUCUGAUCACCCACAUAUAUUUAAAGUAAAAGGAAAUAUGCCAAGUGCAAAUAGAAAUAAGCCGAUUGAGUUCAGAAUAAUUAGAGAAGAAAGAAUGAUUACUUAAGAUAGUCCUGAGGGCUUGCCUAAAAUAUAAUCACAGAGACAAAUUUUAGAUUAAUCAGCCAAAAAUCUCUAUGAGAUCCUAACUCCUCAAAAUCGCUAAAAUUUAAUGAACAGAGCAAUCUCUCAAUAAACUAUUUAAACUAACUUAGAUAGGUCUAUGGAUAAAUCUUAGUUGUCAAUUAAAUCAAAGACACCUCUUUAAUUUAAAGAUGAGCCAGAUCUCUAACCUGAUAGAAAAGUCAGAUUUUAAGAGGUCAUGCCUUUAAAUGAUAUGAAGGAGUACACUGUAGAGAUAUCAUUUACCAAAUCAAAACUUCUGAUAAUCGUUGCUAGAAGAAUCCAUCAUUAUAAAUUAGAGUUUCCAAUUGUCCAGGGGAAAAAAAUCCUAACUUCACUUAAUCUUUCUUUCAAAGCUUUAGCCUCAUUGCUGAAACUAUCCUCAUCUAAAACACUAUACAUUGAAAAUCUAUAAAAAAUUCUUUAUCCUAGGGGUGAUAGUCUGAAUCUGAUUAAUAAAGAGUUUAACGAUACUUCAUUUGAUAGCAGAAGAUAGAAAUAUUUGGAAUCAAAGCUACUUACUUCAGAAAAUUCUCCAAAAAAUAUGAAAUCAACUCUGGAUCACUCGGAAGUAAAAAAUCACAAAACCCCUUUAAGCUAUUCACCAUCAACAGAAGAAAUUUUCUAGCUUGCAAGAUUAAAAUAGGAUAAUUUUAUCUUUCAUUCCAAGAAAAUCAGUCACACUAGUAUGAACAAAAAUUUCAAUGAUAAUGAAAAAACCAAAACUGAAAUGGGCAGGAUCCUAAAUUAAGAUCUUAUGGAAGGAAUACAUAUCAAGGAUCAAAGCUUUAUAGAGACACCUACUUAUAGGACUAGUCUAGUCUUCUAAGAAGACUUAAACAGCAAAAAGCCACAAUAUCAACAGUAAGUUCAGGAAGAAGUCAAGCAACAAAAUACUUAAUCUUCUCAGGCUGGACUUGAUCUCAACCAAAGAGACAUUAAUGAAUUCUUCAAUCCACGCCCAAGUGAACUCUCUCUUGAUGAAAAAGUAAAGCUAGUCUUGGAAGUAGGAGAAGAAGUAAUUAUGGCUGAGGAAAUCUCAUCACUUCUCUCUAGGAAGCAAUUCUGGAACUGCUAUGAUGGAUUUGAGCCAUCUGGUAGAAUGCACAUUGCUCAAGGUAUUAUGAAGUCAAUCAAUGUCAAUAAGAUCACCAAGGCUGGUGGAGUCUUCAUUUUCUGGGUUGCCGAUUGGUUCGCUCUACUAAAUAACAAGAUGGGAGGUGAUUUGGAAAAGAUUCAAGUAGUUGGCAGAUAUUUCGUUGAAGUAUGGAGAGCUGCAGGAAUGAAUCUUGCUAAUGUAAAGUUCCUUUGGGCUUCAGAGGAAAUUAAUAAGAGACCAGAAGAGUAUUGGCAAACUGUUAUCGACAUCUCAAGAAAGGCUAGUAUCAGUCGUAUAAAGAGAUGUGCAACUAUUAUGGGUAGAUCAGAGGGUGAUGAUAUGCCAGCUGCUUAAAUUCUCUAUCCCUGUAUGCAAUGUGCUGAUAUUUUCUUCCUUAAAGCUGAUGUUUGCUAACUUGGUAUGGAUCAAAGAAAAGUCAAUAUGCUCGCCAGAGAAUACUGCGAUAGCAUCUAAAAGCAGGACAAGCCAAUCAUCGUAUCUCAUCAUAUGAUGAUGGGUCUCAAGGAGGGACAAGCCAAGAUGUCAAAGAGUGAUCCAGAUUCUGCUAUUUUUAUGGAAGAUACCGUAGAGGAUGUCAACAGAAAGAUCAAGAAGGCUUUCUGCCCAGAGAAAUAAAUUAAAGAUAAUCCAAUUAUCGACUAUCUUAGAUAUAUAGUAUUCGAGAAAUUCAACCCAGUAGUCAUCAAGAGAGAUGCCAUAAACGGUGGUGAUCUAUUCUAUUAGAAGUUCUCUGAACUUGAAGCUGAUUAUGCUGAGGGUAAAAUCCAUCCAAAAGAUCUCAAGAGCAAUGUUGCAUCAUACAUAAAUCAAUUACUGCAACCAGUAAGAGAUCAUUUCGAAAAGGAUCCAUAUGCCAAGAAGUUGCUAGAAACUAUCAAGAAAUGGCAAGAAGAAAUGGCUAAGAAGGGAAUCGCUACUAAAUGA